AUGAGCUCAGCUAAAGAUGAUGAAGAUUUUUGGUAUAGCAGUGAGAAACGAUCCUUCUGUUUUGAAAACAAUGAGGUGGACGAAUUGUUUGGAAUCUCAAAGACUGUUACAGACAAGUUACGGGCUGGUAUAUCUAGUACCUCAACAUCAGAAGGGUCAUUAAAGACUACAGAUGAUUCUCAGCCAUUGAAACCCAUUUUGUCUGUUAUAUCGGAGAAAACACUUUUUAGCAUUUUGGCAACAGACAAAUUACAAAAACUUCAAUCAGAAACAUCCAUCCAACAACCAGACAUUACACUUAGAAAGAUUCUACUUGGCCAACCGUAUUCAUUAGAACACUACAAGUCACUUGCCAGUAAAACUGCAUUAUUGGAUGCAGCUAUAAUUAGUGGAGAUGGAAAUGCAAUUUUGAUAAUUAUUUUGUUUCUUACAAAAACUCUUAAAAGAUCCUUGGUCCAAAGAAUAUUAACAUCAAGGCUAGAUGCUGUAAAUGUAUAUAUUCGAUACCUUUCCACAAGAUUACAAAUAAGUGAGAUUACAGACAUUUUAACCAUGCUAGGACAAGCAGAGGAUGCUGCUAUGAAAACAUUACAUAUUAUUAUAAAAAAUACUCAUGAUCCUGACAGACUGUUAAACAAACUUCGAAAUAGCUAUAAGACACAAUUUUCAACUUUGGUUGACUGCAGAGAAGCUUCAUUUGUCCAGUCUUACAUUCAAUUGUUGGAGUGGCAAAUAGCAGUGAAAAAGAUAGAUGGUAAUGAAGAAAUUGAAUUAAAUUCAUCUGUCCUUGAGUGUCUCAGGCAUGCCUGCAAAAGACACUGGAACUUACCAGAGGGUACUUUAAUGUCUCCCCAAAUAUUAUCUCUGCAACAUGAUAUAUCUCCCAGACAGUAUCAAAGGGUUGCAUUAGAAGUUAGAGCAUCAGCUGGUGCUUGGGAUGAUGUCCAUAGAUUACUUCUAACAAAGGGUUGGCUGGGAAGUAAAAAACUACAGACAUAUCUACCCAUUGAAGAUGUACUAAAAAUAUUGCAUAAAAACCAUGCACCUUCAGAUGUUCUUGAAGAGUAUUUAAAAUAUGUUGACAACAUAGAAAGGAGACUAGAACUAGCCAAAAACAUGCAUUGCUUCAGAGUAGCAAUUGAUAUUCUUGUACAGCAAGCAGAUCGUGCUGCAUUAAUGGAAUACAAGACCCAAUUGCUGCCACAAUCGGAGGAAUACUUUUAUGCUGAAAGUGCACUUCGUUUGCCAUCGGUUAAAUGGAAAAGUUAG